AUGCAAAACGGCAAGGUGGUUGCCUAUGCUUCUCGACAAUUGAAACCACAUGAGAAGAAUUACCCUACACAUGACCUAGAACUUGCUGCGGUAAUCUUUGUCUUGAAAAUUUGGAGAUUAUCACCCGGGAAAGCUAAUGUAGUAGCUGAUGCACUAAGUAGAAAGCCUCAUAGUACUUUGGCAUGUUUGGCUCUUGAGGACUGGAAAAGGACAAUCACAAUGGGUGAUUAUAACUUGCAAUACUAUGAAGGGGAAGAAGUAGCUUGUAUCUCUAACUUAGUGGCUACACCAGUACUACUUCAACAAGUUAAGCAACGUCAGUGGCAAGAUGAGAAAUUAAGACUUAUUUGGAACCGAAUCCAGGAUGGUGAGCAACUAGAUGGGUGGACGAUUAAUGGUGAAGGGUACCUAUACCAUAUGGGAAGACUAGUUGUUGCGAGAUAUCCCCGAACUUAG